CCCGUUGACAGGUCCGUUGCCGUUGUAUCUCCUCUUGGCGCGUCUCAAAAUCACGAUGACUUCUCUGAAUCGCUCGCGUGAAGAACGAGUUCUGCAACCUGUGAUUCAGGUGCGGAAAGUGAUUAUACGGAAUGACCAUGGGGAGAAUCUUGUGGGAAUUCUACAUGAAACUGGUUCUAAGGAGCUUGUCAUAGUGUGCCAUGGAUUGGAGUCUUCCAAGGAUCGCAUCCCAAUGGUGACUCUUGCCACUGUUUUGGCAAAAGAAGGGGUCAGUGCUUAUCGUUUCGACUUUGCUGGAAAUGGGGAAAGCGAAGGCUCAUUUCAGUAUGGCAACUACCGAAGGGAAGCUGAUGAUUUACGUGCUAUCAUCCAACAUUUUCGUGGGGAUGGAUACGUGAUAUCUGCAAUUAUUGGGCACAGUAAAGGAGGGAAUGCAGUGCUCUUGUAUGCCUCCAAGUAUAAUGAUGUCCGAACAGUAGUCAAUAUAUCUGGUCGGUUUAAUCUGGAGAGAGGAAUUGAAGGGCGUCUCGGAAAAGAUUUUUUAGAAAGAAUCAAACGUGAUGGAUUCAUUGAUGUUAAGAAUAGAAAGGGGAAGUUUAAGUAUCGCGUAACUGAAGAAAGUUUGACUGAUCGUCUAACUACUGAUACUCCUGCAGCUUGUGCAUUGAUUCGUCAAGACUGCAGGGUCCUGACAGUUCAUGGAUCGAUGGAUAGAAUUGUUCCAAUGGAAGAUGCUUUCGAGUUCGACAGGAUCAUAAGCAAUCACAAAUUACAUAUUGUGGAAGGGGCUGAUCAUGAAUACACUUCACAUCAAGAUCAGUUGGCUGAGAUUGUACUUGAUUUCCUAAGGUUAGAUAUUCCUCCAGCGGGUGGAGCAGAUGAGCAUUCAUUGUUCUACUCUAGAAAAGAUGGCUCAGUUCGUUCCCGAUUGUGAUGGUUUUGUAGAUUAUGCAAGAACUGAGAGACAUCCACAUAAACAGGCUAUAUUUUCUGGAAAAAGUUAUUUUUUUGGCAGAUUGCAUGAUCAUGGAUUCAUAACUUGUCAUUCAAGGCAAGGAUAUAAUAAAACGUAUUCUUUGUUAUGAGAGCACAAAUUUGUUUUUUGUGGCAAAUUUUGGGA